GUUGGGCGCGCUCUCGAUGGCUCUGUCGUGGCUCCUCUCGCCGUUGACAAUCGCCAUCUGCCGGAGGAAGUCCACCCGGCUCACGGCUGUCCUCGGAGGACUGGUGGCCGCCCUCGGACUCCUCUUCACCUCCUUCGCCUCCCGGUUCCACCAGCUGUUCAUAUCGUACGGUACCAUAUUCGCCGUGGGUGUCUCCAUGACCCGGGACGCCUCCACUUUGAUGGUGGGCCAGUACUUCAAACGGCGACGGGAGCUCGUCGAGACGAUCGUCAUGUCCGGCAGUGGUGUCGGGCUCGCCAUCAUGUCGGCCCUCAUCCAGGGCACCAUCAAGUCGCUGGGCUGGCGGCUGGGUCUGCAGGCCGUCACCGGCGCCGUGGUCUUCACUUUCCUGUUGGGCACCUUCUACCGGUCGGCGUCACUGUACCACCCGCAGAGGAGGGCCAUCCUGCACCUCAAACACUCCAAGAAAAAGGUGAAAGGUAAAACAAAGAUAGACGACAAGCCGCCGUUUUUCGACGUGUCCAUGCUGAAGUCGCGGACGGUGCGGAUGCUGCUGUUCUCGGCGAGCCUCAGCUCCGUUGGCCUUCACACACCGCUCAUCUACCUGGCGCAGCAGGCCCGUCAGGAGGGUAUUAGCGAGGAGUCGGUGCUGCUUCUACAGACCUACCUGGGGCUCGGCUGGACACUCGGCUGCUGCGCCUUCGGUUUUGUGGUCGUCAGAAACAAUCAGGAGUGUCACAUCAGCCGUCAGUACCUGUACCAGGCGUCCUCCUUCGUCUGCGGUAUGUGUCUGCUGGCGCUGCCCGCGGUGCAGGGCUACAGCGGCUACGUCCUCUUCGCCUGGCUCUACGGCAUCUUCUACGGCGGCUUCCAGUACAGCCUCAAAAUGUGCACGUAUGAGAAGGUCCGCGCCAGGAACUUCGCCAAGACGUGGGGCUUCGUCCAGGGCAGCCAGGCGAUACCUGUGCUGCUGGGAGCGCCCGUCACAGGCUACAUAAACGUGGCCGUCGGCGGCAAGGCGGGCUACUACUUCAGCGCCACGUUCGUCGUCAUCGGCAGCAUCAGCAUCUUCCUGGUGGAGUUCCAGCGUCGCCAGCGUCGUCGGCGGCGUCGGCACCGGCACGGGCACAGCGCGGCCGCCUCGGACGCGCCGCUGGCCGAGCAGCCGCCCCCGGAGCCGCUCCCGCGCGUCGACUCGCUGCCUGAUGUCGACGAGCGCGUCCUCAGCCUGCUGAAGCAGCGCGCCUCGGCCAUGGCGGCGGCCCACAGCAGCGGCGAGCACCGCAAACAGCAGGAGCUGACCUGCAUCUCCGAGGAAGGAAUCGCCGACAUGGACCUGCCCGACGAGCUGUUUGACGACAUCGAGCUCGAGCUGAACCUGCUGCAGGGCGACAUCACGUCCUGCAACAAGGUCGAGAACUACUUGGUGCUGAGUGAGUACGAGAACAACCUGUUUGCCGAGCAGCCGAGCGACCGACGGCCGGGCGGCCAGCGGCGCUCCGUCAGUCGUGGCAUGGCAGCGGCGCAGGCCGCCGCCCGGCGACAGGCCGACAUCCCCGAGGAGCACCCGGAGAUAGAGAGCGAGCCGCCCUCGGACGCCUCGUCCAUCUCCUCGCGCCUGUUGCGCACGUUCCGCCGGGGCCGCAGACGCGGCAGUGAGGCGCAGCGACACCCGCACUAGCGCUGGAGGGGUGCGGAUGUCACGGAGUCGUUAGCCGGGACGGUGGUCGUGAUGGGGCUAAAGCCGGAUUGCGGACGGUCAGUGUUUUGGAAGAGGGGAUCUUCCGAAUCUGCCAUUAGUUCGUGACAAGACUGGUUGUUUGAACUUCAGGAUAUUGUAACGCGGCCAACGUGAAUGUGAUGUUGAUCUAUUCAUCCGAGAUGUCAGGGCGAGCUUAUGUGUUUUAUGAACGUUAUGGUAACUGUGCGACUUGUGGGAUUUUAUCUCGGUCAUGUACAGCUGACUGCAGCUCUUGCAUAGCUGUGUAUUACUUUGCUAGCACACAACGUUAGUGAUCAAGUCAUUCACAUCGUUAUUCAAAACAUUUAAUGCUCUUGAUUUUAUUAUAUUUUAUUGCUUCGCUCUCCCACUGUUCACGUUUAAUAGGUGUUUAUAUGUGAAUUAUUCUAGUUAUUUUCUGACCAUUCCCAUCGUGGUGACUCGCGAAUGUUAUCGUGAAUACGUUUUUUUUUGUUACACUUUUUAUGAUCAAAGCCUUUUGGCAUUUUUUUCAUUGAUGGUGAACUACCGUCAUUGUUUUGUGACUGUAAACAUGGGAUAUGUAGCUAGAGCGUUGUGUACUUAGAUGAGGAAAUACAUGCGGUAUACCAAACGGUAA